UUUGCGUACAAACAAACCCAUUAUUUUAUGUUUCUAUUUCACUCCCCCAAGUGUCCUCCACUCCAUUCUUCCCCUAGGGUUUCGCUUUUCUCAUUCUCUUCUUUGUUUCUUUCUUUCCACCUUUUUUUCAUCAUCGUCUCACCCAGAUCAUCUUCUUCUUUUCUUUUUCCAGUUCGAGGGAUAAAAGCCGGUGGAAAAGAGUAGAUUCUUUGGUUUAAACCAUUCUUAGCUGGCAAGUGAUAUCAGUGUGUUUGGACUUGUAUAAGUUAUUUUGUGUAUAUAUAUAUUUUUUUUUUCUGCAAGAUGGAAGGCUAAUAUGCCUAUAAUAACAAAUCAACUCCAGAAGAACUGUUGGCUUGAAUGUUUAAUUACUUGAUUGUGGAUAUGCUUUGCUACAAUUUUUAGUACUACUAGUGCCAUUGGAUUCUACUUAAGAGCACAAGACAUAUUUGCUGUUGCUUAUAAAAAAUAGCUAACACGGGUCAACUAUGUUGCGUGGCCUCUGGGCCACAUGGAACAAAAUCACCCUCUAUCGGCCAGGAUAACUCCAUGGAUACUGGUGAACCACACUGGCAGACAAACUCUAGCUUUUCACCUCCUCCAUUUAGGAUAUGGGACUGCAGAUUGCAAUCAGAUGGCUUACAACAUGGGUCUCAUGGAGCUCCUUUACAUGGUUCAUCAUUAUCCUCCACUAGCAGAGGAAGCAGAAGUAGGGUGAGCAGCGAACGAUUCACCACAAAUCAUCAUCAUUCUGUGUCUGAUGGAGUACUAUCUUAUUCAGGUAGUCCACCUGAUAAUAUCCAGGCACCUCGUUGGACAUCACCAGUGCAAAAAUUCAAUUUUGGGGAGCUUGCUGCAUCUACUGUGGGAGGAUCAAGGUCCCAGACCUCUUGGUUUCCUCACUCAACCGAGAGGCGAUAUGCUGUUAGAGCAACUGCAGCAUCUCCCAGUUUUGGAUCCCCAUCUUCACUUUCUGAGUCCAGCCAGUGGGAAUCAACUAGCAAGCGGCCCUUUUCUUUCCCUAAUCGCAGCUUUCCAAGUCGACGCUCUCACAUGUCUAAAGCAGUUUAUCCACUAGUUUUUCACAAUCCUGUGUCAGAUUGUGAAAACUUUGGUGAUGGUGAUGCUGAUGCCAAUAGUGUAGGCAGGUUGACACCAGUUGACGAUAAUAUCUCACCUUCUCACUGGCUUGAUUCAAGUAUUGUACAGAAGUUCCACAAAACACUCACCGAACUCCAAAGGUGGGAGGCAUCACCAGACCCUGGUGCUAGCUCUAGAAGAGAGGGCUUUAGGUGGAGCAGUGCCAGCAGCUAUGAUUUUGGGUUUGAUGGAGAAAGGUUUGACAUAUCAGAGCACAUUGAUGUUGAGAGUUUGAGGUCACCUAUCGGCCAUGCUGUAGAUCAAAAGUGUGGAGUUUGUGGAAAACUGUUGUGCCAAAAGUCCCCUUGGAGUUCACAUCGAAUCAUGAGAGGUGGUGAUAUGCCUACUGCUGGGGUACUACCUUGCAGCCAUGUGUUUCAUGCUGAAUGCUUGGAGCAACUGACCCCGAAGACCCAGAUUCAUGAACCUCCUUGCCCCUUGUGCUUGAAGAGCUUUGGACCAGUGGAGGACUCCUCAUCAGUUUCAGAACCGUUGCACAUGGCCCUAAGAUCCUUGCAGCAAAGCAGAGGGAUUGUAAUAUCUGAGGAUCAGCACGACCAUAGUAACAGUGAAGCCUCUGAUCUUAUCAACGACAGAUUGAGGAGAGCACCGCAUGGGAAUGACAGUGGUUCUUCCUUUAAGAAUCGUCUGAAAAGGCAUUUCACGUUCAAGGGGAAAGCAAGCAGAGAUAUGUUCAGUACCAAGGUGUUCCACAAGUUUUGAUCUUCUUCUCAAGCAGGAACCAGUUCAACCCCUAAUAUCCAUUGGAUAGUUAUAAAUAUACAAUUGUUCACUUGCAAAUAGAUUUGAAUAUUUAGAUGUUGGAGAAAUUUCCGUUUUGCAGAUUUUCUUCACUUUAUACCCAGGCUCUCUCUUGUUUCAUCUUUUUAUUUUCCUCUUCUCUUUGGAACACAAGUGUUGAGGCGCCUUGUAUUUCUAACUGCAUGCUUGUUGACCAUGUAAGUUACUAGAAAUUCUCCAUUUCAGGAUAUCUCUCACUCAAUGUAAAUGAGCUAUUGGUAAUUUGGUCUGAAUUCUCAAUGUAGCAUUGCAGUAAAGUUUGUGGAAGAUGAGCUGC